AUGACCGUCCCAAUUCACGACCACCCCAUCGAGACUCCCCCACGCGCUCCCUCCCCGGUCCAGGGCUUCGGUACCCUCGCCGUCCACGCGGGGUCACCACACGACCCCACCACCGGCGCCGUCAUCGAGCCCAUCUCCCUGAGCACGACAUUUGCCCAGAGCAGCGUCGGCAACCCGUACGGGCCCUACGACUACAGCCGCAGCGGCAAUCCGAACCGCGCAAACUUCGAGACCGCCGUCGCCGCCGUAGAGCACGCCAAGUACGCCCUGGCCUUCAGCUCCGGCAGCGCAACCACCGCCACCAUCCUGCAGAGCUUGGCUGCCGGCUCUCAUGUCAUCUCCGUCUCCGACGUCUACGGCGGCACCCACCGCUACUUCACUCAAGUCGCCAAGGCGCACGGCGUCAAAGUCACAUUCACCCCCGAGAUCGAGGUCGACAUCCGCGACCACAUCACAGAUGCCACCAAGCUGGUAUGGAUCGAGUCACCCAGCAACCCCACGCUGAGGCUGGUGGACAUACGAGCAGUUGUGACAGCCGCGCAUGAGCGAGGAGUCAUGGUCGUGGUGGACAACACCUUCCUCAGCCCCUACGUCCAGAAUCCGCUAGAUCACGGCGCCGACAUCGUCGUGCACAGCGUGACAAAGUACAUCAAUGGCCACUCCGACGUGGUCAUGGGCGUGGCGGCAUUCAACAGCGACGAGCUCCACAAGAGGCUGACGUUCCUCCAAAACUCCAUCGGCGCCGUCCCGUCGCCGUUCGACUGCUGGCUAGCACACAGGGGCAUGAAGACGCUGCACCUGAGGGCGCGGGAAGCGACGCGCAACGCCACGGCUGUCGCGCACGCCCUCGAGGCGAGCCCGCACGUCAUCGCGGUCAACUACCCGGGGCUGGACUCGCACCCGCACAGGGCCAUCGCCAAGAAGCAGCACAGGGACGGCAUGGGCGGCGGCAUGCUGUCCUUCCGCAUCAACGGCGGCCACGCGGCCGCCGAGCGCUUCUGCCAGCUCACCAAGGUCUUCACGCUCGCCGAGUCCCUCGGAGGCGUCGAGUCGCUCUGCGAGGUCCCCUCCAGCAUGACGCACGCCGGCAUCCCGCGGGACCAGCGCGAGGCCGUCGGCGUGUUCGACGACCUCGUGCGCAUCAGCUGCGGUGUCGAAGAUGCCGAGGACCUCAAGGCGGACGUGCUCCAGGCAUUGGAGAGAGCCGUGCGGGAAACCAAGUCCUCAGCUAACGGUGUUAAUGGGCUUAAUGGGCGUUGA